CUUCGAGAGCAGCAGUCGCGGAGGCGGCGACGGCGGCGGCACAGGCUCGGGCAAGCCGCGCGCGCAUCCUCCGGCGCCCUGCGCGGCGGAAAGCUCGGCGGGCCGCGGGAGCCCACGAUUGGAGUGGACAAAGCAAGAUGGCAGGGAUCUUAGCCUGGUUCUGGAACGAGAGAUUUUGGCUCCCACACAAUGUCACCUGGGCGGACCUGAAGAACACGGAGGAAGCCACCUUCCCGCAGGCUGAGGACCUCUAUCUCGCCUUCCCCCUGGCCUUCUGCAUCUUCAUGGUGCGGCUCAUCUUCGAGAGAUUUGUAGCCAAACCAUGUGCCAUAGCCCUCAACAUUCAGGCCAAUGGACCACAAAUUGCCCAGCCAAAUGCCAUUCUGGAAAAGGUCUUCACUGCAAUUACGAAGCAUCCUGAUGAAAAGAGAUUGGAAGGCCUCUCCAAGCAGCUGGACUGGGAUGUUCGCAGCAUUCAGCGCUGGUUUCGACAAAGAUGCAACCAGGAGAAGCCAAGCACACUGAGGAAGUUCUGUGAGAGCAUGUGGAGAUUUUCAUUUUCCCUUUAUGUAUUUACCUAUGGAGUCCGGUUCCUAAAAAAGACCCCCUGGUUGUGGAAUACAAGGCACUGCUGGUACAACUAUCCCUAUCAGCCACUCACAACUGACCUUCACUACUAUUAUAUCCUGGAGCUGUCGUUUUAUUGGUCUUUAAUGUUUUCCCAGUUCACUGAUAUCAAAAGAAAGGACUUUGGCAUUAUGUUCCUGCAUCACCUUGUAGCUAUUUUCUUGAUUUCCUUUUCAUAUGUCAACAAUAUGGCCCGAGUAGGGACCCUGGUCCUCUGUCUUCAUGAUUCAGCUGAUGCUCUUCUAGAGGCUGCCAAAAUGGCAAAUUAUGCCAAGUUUCAGAAAAUUUGUGAUCUUCUGUUUGUUAUGUUUGCCAUGGUUUUUAUCACCACACGACUGGGUAUAUUUCCUCUCUGGGUGUUAAAUACCACAUUAUUUGAAAGCUGGGAGAUCGUUGGACCUUACCCUUCCUGGUGGGUUUUUAAUCUACUGCUGUUGCUAAUACAAGGCUUGAACUGCUUCUGGUCUUACUUAAUCGUAAAAAUAGCUUGCAAAGCUAUUUCAAAAGGCAAGGCUGGGAAGUGGAACCCUUUACAUGUGUCCAAGGAUGAUCGAAGUGAUAUUGAGUCUAGCUCAGAUGAGGAAGACUCCGAACCUCCAGGGAAGAACCCUCACACUUCGACCACCACCAAUGGGACCAGUGGUACCAAUGGGUACCUCCUGCCUGGGUCUUGCUCCGUGGAUGAUUAAUUACUCAAAACUACAAGUCCCGAACAAAGUGAACUGUUUGUUGCUGGAAGUAUUUAAAAGUUGCAAAUGCAGUUCCUUUCAUUAUAU